AUGUUGGCGAUCCGUAGAGCAUUUCUUCUGGGACUGGUCCUCUGUUCAGUCUGCAGAUUUCUUGCAGGCCAUAAGUCCCUGAAUUUUCUGCUCUUCCGGAAGACUGUCACCGGCUACAACAGCAAGUACGUUUCGCUGUACGAGGCAGCGAUAAGUGAGGACCGCACAACGAUCAACUUCACCCUGAACCUGGCACGGAACAUCACAGCGGACAUAUGGCUGAGGGCCACAAUGGGGCAGCGGGUGUCCAAGGGCGAAGACUCCUACAGAGACGUCUUCACCUACAAUGUGAACCUCUGCAAGGUGAUGGGCAGGGGCAAGGGCAACAGCCUGAUCAACUUCUGGCUGAACAACAUUAUGCGGCAGUCCAAUAUGCCGCGUAGCUGUCCCCUUAAGGAGGGCAACUACUACAUGUGCAACAUCCGCUCGGAGAAGGAGACCAUUCCGCGGUUCAUCCGCUCGGGCAGCUUCCGGAUAGACUCCAACGUCUAUGUGAGAGACUGGAACGGCGACAAUUUGACAGAAACAACCUUCUAUAUGGACAUCAAAAUGAAGUGA